UCUACCAUAAAUUAAAUCACCAAAGGUAAAUAUGUCAUUAUCAUCCACUUCAUCUCGUUGCUCUAUAUAAACAACAACAAACCUUCUCAUAUCUCACAUUGAGAAAUUAGUUAAAUUCCCUAACACACUACCCCUCUCUCUCUCUCUCUUAUAAGACUUCACAAAUUUUUAUAAGAGAAAGAAAAGAAAAAAAGAAAAAAAAAAAAAAAAAACAAUUUCCUCAAAUGUUUAUUAUGGAAAUAUUUUCCACUACAAUAAUUUACAUCCUCCUCUUCCUUACAACUCUUGUCUAUUACAGUAUAUCAAAGAAACAAAUCCCCAUCAGAAAACAAAAGCAAAUACCAAAACUACCCCCAGGCUCAAUGGGUUUGCCUUACAUAGGAGAAACUCUCCAAUUAUACCACAAAGACCCCAACAUCUUCUUCUCCGACAAGCAAAAAAGAUAUGGGGAGAUAUUCAAAACACACAUACUAGGGUGCAAGUGUGUGAUGCUGGCAAGCCCGGAGGCAUCAAGAUUUGUGCUUGUGACUAAUGCAGAUUUGUUUAAGCCCACUUACCCUAAGAGCAAAGAGACGAUGAUCGGCCCGUGGGCUUUGUUCUUCCACCGCGGCGACUACCAUUAUCGGCUGAGGAAGCUUGUUCUGAGCUCUUUAUCUCCUGAUCCUAUUAGGAAAUUCAUUCCAGGGAUUGAAUCCAUAGCCAUUUCCACUUUGGAUUCAUUGGCCGCCGACAAGAAUAAGGUUGUUAGCAUAUUCCGAGGAAUGAAGAAGUUCUCCUUUGAAGUGGGAAUAUUGGCUAUCUUUGGAAACUUGAAGAAACAAUAUAAAGAAGAGUUGAAGAAGAAUUAUUUUAUAAUGGAAAAAGGCUACAAUUCUUUCCCCACAAACCUACCGGGAACAUCAUAUCACAAAGCUUUGAUGGCGCGAAAAAGGCUAGAUCAGAUACUUGAGGAAGUAAUAUGUGAGAGAAAGGAGAAAAAAAUGGUGGAAAAUGAUUUAUUGGGGAAUCUUCUUAGCUUGAAGAAUGAUGAAUUAAGCGACGAUCAAAUUGCGGAUAAUGUUAUCGGAGUUUUGUUUGCUGCUCAAGAUACUACCGCUAGUGCAUUAACAUGGAUCCUUAAAUACCUUCAUGAUCAUCCUAAAAUCUUCGAAGCUGUUAAGGCAGAGCAGAAAGAAAUAUACAUGUGUAAUGAAAAAGGAAAUAAGAGCUUGACAUGGACUCAAACUAGAAAUAUGCCACUCACUUAUAAGGUAAUAUUGGAGAGCUUAAGAAUGGCAAGCAUUGUGUCUUUCACUUUCAGAGAAGCUGUGGUUGAUGUUGAAUACAAUGGUUAUCUGAUUCCAAAGGGGUGGAAAGUUAUGCCAUUAUUCAGAAAUAUUCACCACAAUCCCGAAUUUUUCAGUGAGCCUCAAAAAUUUGAUCCACAUAGAUUCGAGGUUGCUCCAAAGCCCAAUACAUAUAUGCCAUUUGGCAAUGGGGCCCACUCUUGUCCUGGAAAUGAACUUGCCAGGCUGGAAAUGCUGAUUUUAAUCCAUCAUUUGGUAAACAGAUUAAAAUGGGAAAUCGUGAGCUCUCGAGAUACGAUACAGUACAGCCCAUUUCCGAUUCCUUAUAACGGGCUUCCGGCCCGGUUCUGGAACGAGCCGGACAACGAAGAGCUUUGCAAUUAGCAAGAAAUUACAAAACAACCCCUAACAAAAUAUAUAUUAUUAGAAUGCACCCCUCAAAAACCCUGUAAUUGUUUUUUUAUAAUCAAGGGUCAAAUUAUAUAUAGUGUGCUACUAUGUUGCUGGGGGCAAUAUUUAUAUAUAUUGUACCUAUCUAAAUGUGAAACUUUUAUUGUGAAUGAAAUAAUAUUUUAUUAUGUUA